GCCUCCCGGGCCGGGCGGAGCAGAGCCGACCCCGAGGGCGCCGCGCGGAGGGCAGGAGCAGCCCCGGGGACCCCCGCGCUGGCCGCGCGCCCCCCAAGCUCGAGUUCACAAUGACAACAGUUACAGUGACUACAGAGCUUCCCCAGAGCGGUAAGACAGAAGACAGUGCUUCCUUGUACGAGUCCACAUCCGCUCACAUUAUUGAAGAAACAGAAUAUGUAAGAAAGAUUCGAACUACUCUGGAAAAGAUUCGAAAUCAAAUGUUUAAAGAUGAAGUUGGACCUAAUAGUACAAAUCACAAACUAGAUGGAAAGCAACAUCAAAGCCUGCAGAAUGGCUCUGACCCGGAAGUGGAUCCCGCUUGUUGCAGUUUGGAUGUGCUCAGGGAGAGGAUGAAAGGAAAAGACCUACAGCUCUUAGAAAUGAACAAAGAGAACGAAGUACUGAGAAUCAAGCUGGAAGCCUCCAGAGAAGCAGGUGCAGCAGCUCUGAGAAAUGUGGCCCAGAGAUUAUUUGAAAACUACCAGACUCAAUCCGAAGAAGUUCGGAAGAAGCAUGAAGACAGUCAGCGGGAGCUCCAGAUUAUCAAACUUGAAAAAGAACAGAAAUUGGAACAACAUGUUGAAAAUCUAAAUCAAGUUGCUCAAAAGCUUGAAGAAAAACAUAAUCAAAUCACAGAAUUGGAGAACCUGGUGCAGAGAAUGGAAAAGGAAAAAAGAUCACUGCUAGAAAGAAAACUGUCUUUGGAGAAGCAGUUACUGCAACUCAAACCCAACAUCACAUAUGCUAAAAGUUGCCGAAAUCUUCAAGCAGAGAUUUCCCUUCUCCAGGAGCAGAUCUCGCACCUGCAGUUCGUGAUUCACUCCCAGCACCAGAACCUGCGCGGCAUCAUCCAAGAGAUGGAAGGAUUAAAAAGUAAUUUAAAAGAACAAGAUAAAAAAAUUGAGAAUCUGAAAGAAAAAGUUAACAUACUUGAAGCUCAGAAUAAAGAACUAAAAUCCAAGGUGGAACUUUGGUGUGAAACUCCUAAAACAACAGUGUCGAAGGCUGUCUCUACUAGAGGAUUGAAGACUGAAGGUACUUCCCCCUAUUCAAUGAUGAUUAGGCUACGGAAAUGAACUGACUGGCUGAAGAAAUGAAUGAGAAAGAUCGUGUGUAUCUUAUUUAUUCCUCAAAACAGGCUAAACUUGUAUGUCAAAAUGGGUCAAUGCCAGUAUGUAAUGGGAAUUAUUAUUAUAGAUAAGUAGUUUUGCAAGGAGAUAUCAUUCAAAAUAACCAGAUGAGAGGCUAGAAUGAUAAGACAAUAAGUAGGUCAUUUACAUUACACACAGUCAACCCAGAUUUGACCUCCAGCAUCUCAUAUGGUCCCCUGAGCACUGCCAGGAAUGAUUCCUGAGCACAGAGCCAGGAGUGGCCCUGAGCACUGUUGGGUGUGGCCCCAAGCCCAAACACCAAACAUCAGAUGAAUGCAUGUUCAAAGAAAACUUCCUUCCAAAAUGUUUAAAUAGUUGAAGAAACCAGGCAUUCUCUCAUGAUAGAAGAUGGAUUUUGCUUUAACUGAAAAACGUUGACGAUUUCUUUUUAUAUUUUGCGUAAAAGGCUGGCUUAGAGUUACCAAAUUUGACUUUUUGAUAGUGGUUUUUAUUAUGUUUGUAUGUAUAAAAUAACUGUGUAUAUAUAUGAAUAAAUGAUGUAUUUUAAAGUUGACCUCUGGGUAAUAAGAAAUGCCUUAUCAUAAUAAGUACAUUGCCUGGCUCAUUAUUAGUGAGAGUCACUCUUUAUGAAUCAUGUACAAGAGAAAGAGUAUUUAUCUUUGCUAUUUCCCUGACCCACAAAAUGGCUUGAAGUUUUAGAUUCAUGUCUACCUCACUCCACUUUAGGAGUCCCUGUGUCUUCACUUGUUCUGGAGCUGACAACUUGAUGCUAGAAGCAACCCUAAAUAAAUUUACACCAUGCACCUUGCAACUUUGCCUUAGUGAC